AUGCAGCAACCAAACCCAUCCUCACAACACCCCCAUCCUCAUCACCCCCACUCCACUACCACCCCACAAGCUGGCACGAGCUCAACCGCAAAUCGGCAGAGCCAACCCAACCCCAAAGCACUCUACUUCCCAGUCAUCGACCAAGGUCAUCUACCCGCGGCACCUAUCAGUGGAUCCCAAGACCUACUGUCCCUCUUCAAUGUCUCCUCAAUGUACGACUGGUUUGUCAAACCGUACCUCAAACCACUCGACCAACCCAACAAACUCAUCAACAGCACCCUCGGCACCAACAACCUAACCAACCAUCACAUCUCCAAUGCGAAUGGAGACCUCAAAGGAAAAGGUAAAGCUGAUAACGACCUUGCUGGUCUAUCACCAGCGCAAUUGGAAAACUUGGGCCAAAAGCGAAUCAAGAUGGACAGGUCGUAUGGUCAUUAUGUAGCUGAUGUUGGAGGCCGCAAUUCAAUUAAGAAGGACCAUCAAUUGGAGAGUUGGAUUAGCGAUCCAAAUUUCCAAGAAAUCAACAUCCCCAACUUCUUGAAACCAUUAUCAAGCGAGGUCUUGUCGCAAGCGUUUACCUUUCAGCCUGGAAUGCUACCCGGCUUUGAAAGUUCACUUUGGGUCGCCGAGGAAGGCGGGCCUAAGAAAAGGCGAAAGAAACGGAAACAAGGCGAAAUGUUAGCCGGAAGCAAUCCGCCCCAAGCAACAACAGCUCACCCACACCAACAUCGAAGUCCGACCCAACCGCUAGCCACCACGACAACGGCGAGCGGGACGCCCAGCCAAGAAGACGACUAUCGGAAGAAGAAACGAGUCAAGAUCGGUAACACUGCCGCUGGUAAAACUUCUGGCUCCGGUUCUUCUGGCCCUAAUCAUCAAGUCGCUCUCCAAUCUUAG